UGCAGCUGUUGCUGCUCUUCCGAAACUUCUGCGAAGAUGCCCCUUCGCGGCAGCCCCUCCUCGACGAGGAAGCACACACUGAUUUUGACAGGGGUGGUGGUGGUGCUUUUGGGCAUCCUGGCUGUUGUUCUGGCGUUUGGCUUGCUCAGGCACGGAAGGAAGGGGACCCGCGUCUCAGCAGAGCAGCGGUGGAAGGGCAGAGGGACCACCGAGCAUCUGCUGGAAAUCGUCCUGGGGAGAUGUUACAACUUCAUCAGUACAAUAAAUCCUGAGCUCAGCAAUAAAGAUUGCCACAAGGUCUGGGAACUAUUUGAACAGGCUUUUGUGUACAAGGACCCGUGCAGUGUGACUGAAGAAGAUUACCAGCCUUUAAUGGACCUGGCCAGGCAUUCCAUCCCAUGCAACAAGUCCUUAUUCUGGAGCAAAACGAAUGACCUGGUACAUCGUUACACGAAAACAAAUCAAGACUUUCUCACCUUGGAAGAUACUUUGCUAGGCUACAUAGCAGAUGGUAUUUCCUGGUGUGGAAACCCCUCCGAUUCAGGAGUCAACUAUGAAUCCUGCCCGAAAUGGACUGAGUGUGAAAGUAACCCCGGUUCAGUAUAUUGGAAGUUGGCAUCCAGGAUGUUUGCUGAAGCAUCAUGUGGAGCGGUCCAAGUGAUGCUCAAUGGAUCAACAGCGUCUGGAGCAUUCAGAAAAAGCAGCAUUUUUGGCAGUGUUGAAAUUGUCAACUUAAACCCAGAGAAAGUUUCCAAGAUGCAGAUUUGGCUAAUGCAUGACAUUGAUGGACCUCAGAGGGAAUCUUGCACAGGACAUUCCAUUGCACAGUUGAGAGAAAUCUUGGAAUACCGAAAUAUAAGUGUUUCCUGCGAAGACAAUUACAGGCCAGCACAGUUGCUUCAGUGUACGAGAAACCCCAAUCACACCGCCUGCGCAGUUUGCUCCUGAAAUCAUGGGGGAAGAUAGAAGAGCAAACUCUCAUCAGAUUCAGAGAGACCCAGCAGAUAAUAUCAUCCUGUAAUUUAGAGAGCUGCUUUCUAACCAGAUAUUUUUAUACCACCCAAUAAGAGUAUCUGCUUUUCUAAAUUUCAAGUUUUUGUUCUAUUUUUAUUACUUCUUUCUCAUUUGUCUCAUUGUUUGUUGCUGCUAAUAAAGGUAACAAAAUAUUUUUAUUAA